AGGUGCUCCGGUAUUUUGCAAUGGAACACGACCACAGAUUACAUACGAUGUAAUAAUUGGAAAGACACUACAAAUAAAUCUUUGUCUCCAGUCCUAUCCAGAACUCAGUUCGGACGUUGUAAUCAAUGGUAAAAUCUACAACGCCAGUAGCAGCAGUGACCAAAUUAUUGUACAUUCAACGUUUGAUGAGACUUCUCUUACAUACAACAUCGAACUAACCGUAAAAAAUAUCACGUAUGAGAAUAUAGGAUUUCUCAAUGUCAGUUUCAAAACUAUACGUGAUCAAGAAUUGAAGAUCCCGUUCAUUAUAAACGUAACGAGAGGUUAGUCUGUUACAAAAAUAUAUGUAUAUACCUGACUUAUAUUAAUUUUUUUUUAAAGCAUACCAAAAUAGAUAUGCUAUCGUUUAAAUAUAUUUUUAAACUUUUUUUUUAAAGUUCAUAUUCCCUUGAUUUCAAAUAUGUAGAUCUAAAAUUAUUGCAAAAUGAUUUGAAAUUUUAUCGUUGUAACAGUAUAUUAAGGGUUACUGAGUAGCCGAGCUGUCCAAACGGAAUCAAUCCAAAAAGCUGGUGGCCUGGAUUUCAAUCAAUAUCAUCCCCAGCUCUUGGGUGUAUUGGACUCGUUAGCACUGGACGGCAACCCGUCAAAGAGUAGGCAAACUCUGAAUUGAAACAUGAAGCCAUAAUCAGAGAUAAAUCGAUCUUGGGAUCAAAAGUAUACAAAAGAAAAAGAAGGAAAUGUAAAAAUUGUAUAUUUCAAAAGUAGCAUAAUUUAGUUUAAUGUGUCAGAGCUUACAGGUUAUAAAUAUAUUUUACAUACCUCCAUUAUAGAUUUGUUUCGAAUUGAGUCAUUCACAAUAAAUGGAUCGCCUAAUAAAACUCUGGCUACUCAAAUGUCCACUGUUAUUUUGAGAUGUUCAGUGACAAGUCAGUACAACGCAACGAUUUCUUUAUGGAAAGAAGCAAAAAGAAUACACGAAGAACGUAAAGACCAGUCCGUGCAUUCCAUAGUGAACAUAACUUGUCUUGAUACCGGAAUGUAUCAUUGCAGAGCAGACCAUAUGGAGGCUCCAGGAAUUUUUCGGGCUAAUACGUACCUAACAGUACCGUCAUGUAAGUUGACAUUCAAAAUAAAAAAAAAUAAAUAAAUAAUAAAAAUUUGUUUUAGUGUGUUUAAUUUAAUAGAGACUAUCACAUAUGGUCAAAAUUUUACAAAAUUUAUAUAAAACAUAAAUGAAAUUGGUUUGAAGGCACUUACAAAGGCAAUACAGUUUUACAGUGUUUCAUUGCUUUGUUAAUAAUGAUAGUACAUUUUUAUUUUAUUUUAUUUUUUACGAAUGUUAAACAUAGGCCUGCAUUUUUUCGCUCAUUUGUGAUAUCCAUCAAUAAACCCCUUGUGUUCCAGGUCCACCACGGCUAUGUGCCAACCAAACUAAUACAAGGAACAUUACAGUGUCACGUGAUCAAAAUGUCGUAGUGGUGACGUUGUGUCUUGUUGCAAGUGGGACCAUUAAUUCAUCCGUGCUGUAUAGGGGAAAUGAAAUACGACAAAGCGAUUGCAGUGUGUGCUAUACUCUACAAAAGAAGCACGAUUCGUUUGUUGAUUACACAUUGCAACUUAGAUUUAAUAACUUAACAACAGAUAAUGUUGAGACGUACAUACUCAAACUUUGCGAUGAAGGCAAUCAACACCUGGAAAUAAACAUUUCCUUACAACUUCAAAGUAAGACAUUGCAAUAACUUAUCCAAAGGCGUGUGCUAUUUUGACAUGUUGGCUGAACUGAGUUACGAUUAUGUAUAGUGCACGACGAAGUGUGAAAUAGUACACGUAAAUGGAAAAGAUAAGCAAAAAGUAGAACAUGGGACUAUAGAUUAAGUUAUUUAGUUACUGAAAUAAACGUAGCAUAAUAAAGAGAGAUAUGACAGAGAUAAAAGAGGUUUAGAGAGAGGGAGGAAGAGUAAGGUAUAAAUAUCGACUCCUGACAUGGGAACAAUAAAAGAUGUAGAAUUAAAAGAGAGAGUAACUGAAAGAGAUGGAUGAGAAGGAUGUGAGAGUGAGAGAGAAAGAGAUAUAUAAAGAUUUAAUUUUAUUCAUUGAUAGAUAAUAAUAUAUAGCAAUAUAGAUUUAAAACAAGGAAUUUUAUGAAAAAUGGAGAGAGAGUGAGAGAGACAGAGAGAGCGACAGAAAGAUUCAAAUUUGCUUAAGAGUUUGAUACAUAGAACUAUAAGUGUAUAUAUUUAAAAGAGUUAAAGAAAGAAAGAUAGGAGAGGUAAAAAGACAGAUUGAGAGAGAGAGAGACAGAGAGAGAGAGAGAGUUAGUUAGUGACAAAGAGAAAGAGAGAUAGAGAUAUGUAGAGGGAGACAAAAUAUAUCAAAACAAUAAAAAAAAUUUUUUGUAAACUUUUAUAAGGUAACACAUCGCAACCCUCAACCCCUUCAGCUAACUCAAAUGGUAGAGUUAUAUGGGUCAUUAUGGUGAUGUUGGUGUGUGUGACAUGCAUAAGUGUUGGAGCAAUUCUCUUUUACAGAAGAAGACGUGGUAAGCGCAGUAUUGACUUGAAUUUUUUUUUUUAAAUCUUUACAGAUUAAACAUUCCUAAAUUGCUUUCAUUAAUGUUUUUAUAUAAAACAGUGUUUUUUGUUUUUGUUUUUUUUUUUUGUUUUUUUUUAAAUCAAAUAAAUUAGUCAUAGCUAAAGAAUUGCGCUCUCUGCAAAAACACAGGUAAAAAUAUGUUUUCGUGCUUUUUUUUAUGAAAGUAAAGGAUAUUAUAAAUUCAUUGUUUCCAAGAUAACCGUGCUACAAUCAAACUAUUUAGAACAUGUCAUAUUAUUUACUAGUAAAUCUUUCUCAUUUUCAACGUGUAAAAACUGCUCUGAAAUUGUGUAACAAGAACUAUUCUAAUAAUUUUAAUUUAAAAAAAAAAGUAAAAUUCGCUUUAAUUAGUGUUAUCACUUACAUUUGCUUUGCUUGUCCUGGUUAAAUAAAUAGUGAUAAUUUGUUUUUCCGAACAUGAGUGCCCGGGAUGUCCCGAGAGGAACAAGUCACUUUGAUUGUAUAUGAAAAGUUUCGUGGCUUAAAGAAUUUAUAAUAAAGAUUAUAAUCAAAUUAUUUGUCAAUUAAUGACAAUAUCUACAUGGCUGAAAUUUAAAAAAAAAAAAGAAAAAAAAUAUUAGUAUUAAAAUGCGCUCAGAGGAAAAUCACGAAAUGGGACAUUUCUUCCUUUUUUUUUUUUUUUUAUAAAAAACAUCGUGCUGAUCCUGGAACUCCUCCUGUCGAAAGUGAAACCUUAGUAUCAUUGUUCUAAAGAAAUACGAGCUGUGAUCAUUACAAGAUGGUGAAAUGAUACAAUUGUAUACAACUAGGUUACUUAUAUAAUCCAUACUCAAAGAUAAAAACCCGAAUACAUUUAGCUCUUUGUGUAAAUUAAUUAUUAUCACACCACUAGCAUUUUUUUAAAAUAACAAGCAAAGAAACUCAAUUUGAUUAUUUUUUUUAAAUACCACAUUUUUUUUCCCUGCAUAUUUUUUCACAAUUUUUUUCUAUUGGUUAAGAAAAUUGAAUUGCUUGAUUCGUAUUAAAACAGUAUUGGAGUUUAUUAUAUCGUUUGACUUGACAAGUACAAGCGUACUUAAACAUUUUAGCAAUUUUCUAAAAAUUUAUUUGUUUUGAACAAAUAAUUGCUAAGCAUCAAUUGUAUUAUUACGUUAAAUGCAUAACUAUUCGUUUAUUAAUGUUUUCAGUGUUUUUUAUAUGAGUAUAGUAAAUCUAUGAGACAUGCAUGGGCGAAACUAUUUUAAACUCAGUCAACAUUUUAUUGACAUUAAAUAUUUUCAUCUGUGUCAUGAGUAAUUACUAUAACCAUUAUUUGAAAUUAUCUCAAUUUGAAAUUGCAGCAAAUAUCGUACAAUUUAUUUUUUUAACUUCCUAAAUAGUUAAAAAGUAUAAGGUGGUUGCUGACAAGUCCUAUUACGCCAACAUCUCUGAUGCUCAACGGGAGCUGAUGACAGACAAGGACAACGAAUCAAAUGGCUAUACAGUAUGUUUCAAAAGGCAUCGUUAAAUAACUGUUUUAAAUAAGACACAAUGUCCCCAAAUCUAAACUUUUUUCAAAGUUUAAAAUAAAUAACUUUAGCUUCAGGAAUUUUUUAAAAAAAAUGAUUGAAAUACUUUUCUGUCGGGCAGACUUAUUUUACUCAAGAUUGGAGCACAUCGAUGUCUUCAGACUCUAAUUAUACAUAAAUUAUAAGAACAAGAUUUUUUUACUCUGGAAAUGAAAAUAUACGACAGACGAAAAGACGUUCAGCUUUUCUAUAUAGCUUGGCAUCUAGAAAAACUGUCUUUUUGAUAGCAUCUUCCUUCCUCUUCAAGCCUAAACAUAUUAUGUUAAAAUACUUCAUCGACGUUGCUUGUCACAGUACCCAAAUAUUAAUUUAUAGUUUUUUACAUAAAGCUAAUAAAUUAUUGGACACAAGAGACACAAUAUUAAGGUGUUUUGCCAAUUUUAAAUUAUAGAUCAACAAAAUCAUUUAAGAAAUUUGAUUAUAUUUAACAGUCCUACAGUGAGAAUUCAAAAUAGAUGUAAUGACAUGUUUGGUAUCCUCUGGUUUAUUUGGUAUUUUUCAAGUACAAAAAGUUAUAAUUGUUUGUAGUACCAAUUCCUUUGGUAAUGUUCCAUUUCAUAAGCUAAAAGUAUUGGUAGAAUAUCUUCAAUUUGAAUUAUUCAAGAAAAUAUGUCAUAAUGGUUGAGACCUCAUAUUCAUUUGAAACAAAAAACUCAAGUAGGUGGUACCAACAAUUAUAACUUAUGUUCCCAUUUUGUAUCAUUCAAUUAAAAACGUUAUAGUUGUUGAUUGUACCUACUCUUUAUUUGGUAUUAUUCAAGUAUAAAAAAAUACAAUAAUCUUCAAAUCCCCUACAUGAUAUAUUUUAAAUUUAAUGUCAUAUUUAAAUGUGUGUAGCAUUUGCAGCAAUUGCAUGUUUGGCUUAUCAACUUAAUUUACUUCUAGUUAAGUUUUUCUUUUUGUCUAAUGUUCAUUGUACUUUUUAUUAUUGGAUAAAAAAGAGAAAGGCAUUAAGCUAAAUUUUAUUCAUUGGCAUUAUCAUAUUAUUUUUUUAAAAAUGGUGUUUUUUUAGUUUUUCUUUAAACUUAAUGAGUGCAGUUUUUACUGCAUUGCCUAUAAUUUUUUUAUGAUUAGGCUGAUGUAGCGUCUAAUUUUUUUUUAAAGAUUAUAAAUGAUAAAUUAAGAAAUAAAACUCUUUAUAACUUAAAAUAUAAUUUUUGCAGUGAAUACACGCUAGACGCUUACAAAUAGCACAAUUUAAUUGAUUAAAAUAAAUAUAUUUAAAUAUUUCUAAAAGCCAUAAACUGCAAAUUGUAUGCUUCUACCUUUGUAAAAGCCUCAACACGACGUCAUUCUGCCUGAAAGAGAUAGAAAGUUCCAUUUACCCUUUUCGAGGUCAUCAUUUAAGAAGAAAGGAAACCAGAUCUCAAAAUCUGUUCACUUUGGCAGUGCAAGCGAAGGACACUGGACAGACCAAUCAACAGGUAGAGUGGCUUCAAAUUAAAUCAAUAUCAAGGUAUAGAUCUUGGUUUUUUUUUUAAUUUUUAACAAGAUAUAUGCAACGAGUGAUUCCAAGAGCGUUUUUUUAAAUUCUAAGCAGAGACAGAGAGAAACACAUUGGGAUCUUCGAAAAUAAAUUGGUCUUAAAGAUUUCUCAUUAUUUAUUUUUUCUUAACUUGCAUUUUAUCCUGAAGAUGUCAUUUAAGCGAAAUAUCAUUUUAGUCGUCCUGUCUUUUUUCCCCAAGUCUAAGCAUAUCUUUUCCCACUAUUUAUUGAGUCAUUGUACGUCACACACGCCCUCUUAGGAUAGAAGCUGAUGUUAUCCCAAGCCAACAGUUGGCUGCCAUCGUUGGUGUGGUCUUUGGUGAUUGAAGUGUCGUCACUCUUAUUGUUUCUACACAAACACAAGGCUAACAAAUAGUUGAAUAAUAAUGAGUGUCAUGCUGUAGGCCUAUCGAAUGUUUUUAAAACAUUUAAAAUAUAUUCAAAUGUAUCAAAGUGAUUGCUUGUAAUAUUGCUUUUAAAAUAUUAUUUUUGUUUAUACUCUUUUAAAGAUGCUAAUAUGUCCAUGCUCAUAGCAAAAUGCACAGCUAAUCACAAUUGUAAGUUAUACAUUAUUGGUAAAUUUGUGCUGAUGUUUGUAAAUUUUUUUCUUCAACAGAUGUAACGAGCAUUGGCUCCACAAUCAGACU